GGUCGGCGACAUGCUCGAGCGCCUCACGAAUGGCGUGCUGCUUGCGACGCCGCACCGGGUGCUACCAACGCACCACGCACGCGAUUCAAUCAUCCGCUUCAAUGCGUUCGCGCCGCACACGCUCGUGGCGCCGCUGCGACCCUUCGUGACGGCCGACCGGCCCGCGGCCUAUUCGCCGGUCGAGAUGCGUGAGCAUAUGGAGACCACAAUGCGGAACCUCGAGGCUGGGCUCGGCUCGUGGGACACGGAGCGGCAGCGCAGCCGCAGCGCGUCGUACGAGUACAACGGCGGCGAGCGGAGGGUGCUCGAGUGCGAGCCGAAUACGAUGUCGCAGUAGGAGACGCGGUUGCCUGGGAGACAGUAUCAUGAACUCCGGGCGCUCUUUCGCGCUCUCACGCCAUUCCUUCAACAGCAGGAGAGCGAGCCAUGAUGCUCCAGAUGGCCGAGCUUACCCGCGAGUACAGGCUGGUGCCUCUAGCCACCAAAGGAACCGAGCGGAGGGUGCUCAGGCUUGUGGAUCGCGGCGCCCCGGCACCGCGCUUUAGAGAGCGCUUCUCUCACACGCUAUCGUAGAGAGAGAGCCGCGACCCGCGUGCGAGC